AUGUUGUACUUAUUUGAAGGCCCACAGAGUAAAGAAGACGAGGUCAAAGUAGCUGUUCAUAAGGUCGUUGAUAGAGUAUUUGUCCUAGAGAUGCCACUUUAUAAGGGCACUCUCGAUCAAUUUUCAAAAGAACUUCUCAAUGAGCUUAAUCGUGCUUUGUCUCUGAAUCCCAAUGCAAUGAAGGAUGAAGAAGAAGAAGAGAACGAAGAUGAAGAAGAAACUGUUGAAGUUAGCCCAAUUGUUGCUAAUAGUAACUGA